AUGGAAAUUUAUGUUGAUGACGAGGCAAAAUUGACCCUUCAUGGUCUUGUACAGCACUACAUCAAAUUGAGUGAGCUUGAGAAAAACCACAAGCUGAAUGACCUUCUUGAUGCACUGGACUUCAAUCAAGUUGUUAUAUUUGUCAAAAGUUUAAGCAGAGCUGUUGAGUUGAACAAAUUGCUAGUUGAGUGUAAUUUUCCAUCAAUCUGCAUCCAUUCUGGCAUGUCCCAGGAAGAAAGGCUGACACGCUACAAGGGUUUCAAGGAGGGGCACAAGAGGAUACUUGUGGCAACAGAUUUGGUUGGUAGGGGAAUCAACAUCGAAUGUGCUAACAUUGUCAUCAACUAUGACAUGCCAGAUUCUGCAGAUACUUAUCUGCACAGGGUAGGUCAAUUGUUUUUUAGCUUGUCUUGUAUGUCAAAGCCAGGUUCUCGUUUCUUGUCUGUACGUAAAACCCAGAUGAAUGAGCAGUCUUCAAGAAGUCAUUUUGUUUUCACUCUUCGAAUAUCUGGUAUUAAUGAGUUUACUAGAGAAUUACCAAUUAUGAACAUUUCUCUACAGCUUGUCUUGCUGACACGCUACAAGGGUUUCAAGGAGGGGCACAAGAGGAUACUUGUGGCAACAGAUCUGGUUGGUAGGGGAAUCAACAUCGAAUGUGUUAACAUUGUCAUCAACUAUGACAUGCCAGAUUCUGCAGAUACUUAUCUGCACAGGUUUGUAAGCAAGACCCAGAUGAAUGAGCAGUCUUCAAGAAGUCAUUUUGUUUUCACUCUUCGAAUAUCUGGUAUUAAUGAGAUACUUGAAGGUUUUCUAAUCUUUAAAUUAUUUCAUGCGUUAGAAAACCCGUCCUGUGUGUAUGAGGAGAAGCCAGUUGUUGCUUAUGCCUUGAUGGAAGUUAUUGAAGCAGCUGACCUCAAGCCUGCAGAUUUGCAUGGAUUGGCUGAUCCAUAUGUAAAACUUGGUCCUUACGGAAUGAGGACUAAUAGAAAGUGA